AUGCGUCUUGGUUGUAUCAUUGCCAUCCUGAUUGCCGUCACUCUCCAUACCAGCAGCACCGCGUUUCCUGAGACCCUUCUCGCGAUUCUCGCGUCAAACGCACCUCAAGAUGCUGUUGCCUCGGUCGAUGCGGAUGUUGAGCGGCACUUGCGUCGUGCCAAGCCUGGUGCAGGUGACAAUACUGGAAAGAGAAUGCUCGCGGUACACGGCAACCCUGGCAGUUUUCUUACUUUUGUCGCCGACCAUACAUUCGGGGACACAUAG